AUGAGGUGUGCUUCAUCAGGCCUUCUCUGUAUGUUUGUUUCCUUCUUUACAAAAAAGCAAAGCCAAAAAAUUGUUCUAGAUGCUGCCAACCGAUUAGGUUGUGAAGAAAUGGGAGGAUAUGGACCUCUUAAGGCUCACCCCUUCUUCGAAUCCAUUGUGUGGGAGAACCUACAUCUUCAGACACCCCCUAAACUUACAGCGUAUUUACCUGCCAUGUCGGAGGAUGAUGAAGACUGUUAUGGAAAUUAUGACAAUCUCCUGAGUCAGUUCGGUUGCAUGCAAGUUUCUAGUUCUGCCUCUUCCCAUUCACUGUCUGCUGCAGAGACAAGUACACCACAGACAUCAGGAGGAAAUAUUGAACAGUAUAUCCAUGAUCUUGACAACAAUUCCUUUGAGCUGGAUUUACAGUUUUCUGAAGAUGAAAAGAGGUUACUUCUGGCAAAACAAGCUGGUGGAAAUCCUUGGCAUCAGUUUGUAGAGAAUAACUUAAUCCUAAAAAUGGGUCCAGUGGACAAAAGAAAGGGAUUGUUUGCACGUCGGCGCCAAUUGCUACUUACAGAAGGGCCCCACCUGUAUUACGUGGAUCCUGUCAACAAAGUUCUAAAAGGAGAAAUUCCAUGGUCUUUAGAGUUGCGUCCAGAAGCCAAGAAUUUUAAGACAUUUUUUGUUCACACGCCAAACAGGACAUAUUACCUGAUGGACCCAAGUGGGAAUGCUCAUAAAUGGUGCAAAAAGAUACAUGAAGUUUGGCGGCACAGAUACCACCAGAAUGCUGCAAAAUAGUAAAGCUCAUCCAAAAUUUCCCAGUUUCCCUUCUUGCUGCUAGAACUCCGUGUGCAGCCGAUCAGAAGAAUCUUUUCAACCCACCUAUUGCCAUCUCAAGGGGAAGCAUACAUCUGAAAUGUUCUUGGGGGUUUUUUUUGGUGUUUUUUUAGUUUUUGGUUUUGGUUUUGUUUUUUGUUUUUGGUUUUCUUCUUUUAUUUGUUUGGGGGUUUUGGGGUUUUUUUGAGGGAAUUGUUGGUGUGGUUUUGUUUUUUGUUUUUUGGUUUUUUUUUGGUUUUUUGUUGUUGUUUUUUGGGGCUUUUUGUUUUGUUUUUUUUUAAGAAGGAAAAAAAAAAAGGAAGACAAGCAAAAACCUAAUGGAAUUCAGGGUUGCUUUGCUCGCUCUUUGUGCUUCUGUUGAGGCUUCCACAUGCAUAUCAUUGCAGUGAAGAUCUUGCUUUUGUGCACUUCAGUUCAGUUUCUGCUGCCGACUAGUGGAUAAACCUUGCAUUACCAGCUUCACUUAAAAUGAGUUAAAACCAAUCCACACGCACACACGUGAAUCAUGUACCAGCCUUGCAUUUUUAUGGGGCUGGAGUUUUCUGUGACUCUCAGAUUAUCAUUAAACUGUUUCAUCAGGGAGCUUUUAUAUGCCUCUCCUAAGUACCACCUCUUUGUUUUCUCUUCCUUUGCUCACAGUCUCCCAGCUUAUUGGUAUAUGGCAUUUGUAGCCAGGUCAGUUGCACCCUUGUGUAAUUCCUAACAUAGUUCUGGUUUGAGGAUUUUUGUGGUACUUCAGUAAUUGUGAAUGAAUCAGAUGUAUUUGUCUGGCAGACAGGCUCCAAUGAUAAAGCUUUUUGAGAGAGUAAAAUGCUGAACAUAGCACUGAAAUUUCUAAAAUUGAAAUGUUUGCUUCUGAAGCAUUUUUUACGUUAAGUUUAAAUUUUAAUAUAAGUCAUAUGUGUGUUUAAUCAAGGGACAGUAAACUUACCAGCAUGCUUUUAACUAAUGCUAACUAAAAGAGAAGCUAGUUAGUAUGGGGGAGAAAAGGCUAUUAUUGAAAUAGUAAAUAGUUUUUCACCUUUUCAGCAAAUGAGGGCUAGAAGCUUUCUUUCCUGGGUGUGCAUGUGUUGUGCAUUUUAGUGGGGCCAGCCUAUUUACUUGGGUAGAGAAGGAAGUGUGAAAACUUUGUGUAAUUGAUUACUUGAUUUUUUUUUGUCUCAUUGUGUAAUGAGAUGUCAGUUCUAUUUCUAGUCCUUGGCCAAACAUUCAGGAACUCUGGAAAAAAUGUAAGAAGUUGAAAUGUAGAUAAUAAAGUAAUCUGGUGAGAAAAUGAAAGGCAAAUAUUGAUACAAAGGGGAAAAUAUAUGGUACUUAAAGCAUAUCUAUAUAAUGAGAAUAUUUUUCAUAUCCGUCUCCUUUAUCCUCUUCAAAUUAUGGCUGUUUUUUGUGGUCAAACAUUUCUUGUCGUGCUACAAAGACACGAUUUCCUGUGUGGUAAAAAAAACUUUCCCAGUGGUGUUUUCAACAUGCCUGUGUUCCUAAACCUUAGAGAUGAGAAUGAUCUAGGUCUGGACAAAGGCAUUCCUUCCUUGUUUUAAAAGUGGUAUAAACAUCACACCUAUUUAUUCACUCACUACACAGACCAUUACUUUGCAUUUUGAGUUGUCAUACUAUGAUGUGCUUUUCCUUCCACCAAAGAAAGGUUUCUCUACAAUAUUGGAAAAACUCAUAGGCCACUGUUUUCAAAAAGCAGUAUUUUAAAAACAAUAGCUUACCAGAUUUCUCAGAAAAUACGUGAAUGUUGAGUAUUUUCUUGUACAGGGUGAAGGAGAUUUAUUAUUGGACUCCUAAAAACUGUGUUAAGUGGUUGAAGUUGAUGACAGUUCAGCUUUCCAGUCUUUAAAAGAGGCAGUGCUGUUGCCUUUUCUUUUGGAGCAACUGCAUUCCUGUAGUCUUCUGUGUCACACCACAUACAGAAACCUGAGAGAAGGAAAUCCCUGGCUUACUGUGUCUGGUGUUUAAAGGAGAGAAGGGAUCCUGCAAAUGGCUAAGGAAGACAGAAAAGUGUUCCCUUUGCAUCAUGAGGAAUUUCAUCAUGUACAAAGUAACUCAUUGUGACUCAGAUUUGAAUAGCACAGUGCACCUUAGAUCUAUGUCUGCAGUAAGCUGUAUGUGCCAUUCGAACCAAGGCGAUGUGGAUUUUAAGUCUGUUGCAGUGCUAUCCAUUUGUUCUCCAGCUGUCAAAUUCCAGCCAUGUGUUGUGUCUGCUGGAGGCAACCCUACCACUUUUGGUUUUAGUCUCUGGUAUAGAGAUCUAGACAGACGUAUUCCCAGCUUUAUAUAGGAGAGUUUGGCACUGAUGGAGAGUCACAGUGCCACUGCUGUUCAGUGUGACAAAACUUGGCCUCAUGUAAAAAGUCUGGCAAAAUGACUUCCAUUGGCUUGUUAGCUAGGUAGAAAUCUAGGUGUGCUUAAACAUGUUUAGUCAUUUUACCAUAGCAAAUUAAUUAUGUUUUUUUACACCUUGAAAAUCUUCUCUCAGUAGGCUUUCAUCCUGCCCACCUAAAGAUUUCAGCCAGACAGAUCUUUGUAGCAGUAAGCUGUAAAGAAGGUAUCUGGAAGACUGCUGUCUGCAUUCAAGAGGUCUAUUUUUUUUUUAUUAUUUUUUUUUUUACUUGACAAUCUGUGGUUGAAAGCUGUGAACAUCUUUUACAGGCAUCACUCCACUUAGAACUUCAGUAUUCCUAAUCCAGUCUUACUUAGCUACUGCCUUUUUUGGAAAGGAACUGGAACUUUACUGGGAGAGGUAUUUCUAUCUCUUGGACUUUAUGUAGAAUCUGAAAUGUGGCAAGAGUAUGGAGUGAGGCAUCACAAAGCAGUAGUGGAUUCAAGUAUGUUUUACCAGUGUCCACUUAAAUGUGUGGUGAUAGGUGCUGAAUACUGGGAAGGGCUGGUACCCAUUUUAAAUGCUCAUGUGCGUCAUGGGAAUGAAAUGUGCAAGGGAGGUUCUCAGAGCUACACAUAGGCCAGGUGAUUUUUCUGCUUUUAAUCCAAGGUUUUCAAAGCAGAAAAAAAAAAAUAGGUACUUGAAGUCUCUUCUUAAGAUUCCUCCUUACUGCAGACCUACUGAAAACCCAAUCUGUUGAUUGCUUCCAUCUCUUGCAAUUUGAACAACUGCCAAUCAUUUAUGAAGAAUCUGGUCAAUAAUGUUGUCAUUUUGCUUGGUAUUUGAACUUAAGAAAGGUGUUUAUUCCAUCUUUUUCUGUGGUGUGGAGCUUAGGAAAGGAUGAAAUAACUACUGCUCAGUCACAAAAAGUUUGAGACUAAUAAACUGAGAAAUUAGUUUUUUACCAUUUUCCUUGAAGUCCAGUUUUGUAAAGGUUUUGUAUUAAGAAAGAGUUACUUCAGAUGUGAUGUUGAGGCAUUGUUAGCAAACUGAUAUUGCCUGUUGCGAUUCCAUUUGCUAGGCACUUAGGUGCUGAAAAAAUGAAACUAUCAGUACUGUACUCUACUUCUUCUGACAUGGAUUUAAUUGUGAAUUAUCUGCUAUAUAUGUCUGAAAAGAAUUGUGGAUAUAAACAAAGAUGUGAUGAUUCUAAUCAGCUCUCAUUGUUCAAGAUGCUUAAUUUAAUGUGCUUGAUACAAUUAUAUUUUGUGCUGGGAACUUUGAAAAAUUAUGAGAAUUUCCCACAUUUUCUUUUGAAUGGUUUAGUAAAGUCAAGACAAUUACUUCAUUUGGCCUGUGGACAAAACAUUUGAUUUCAACACCUUGCUGAGGAGAGAAGUUGUGUAUUUAUAUUUGUCUAAAGAUGUGGCCUCUGGAUGGAUUCUGAUCAUUCUUUCUACUAGUAAAUUGCACGAAUAGGUGUGAUAUUUAUAUCUGAAAUUUUGCUGAAUGCCUGUAAUAUUUCAUGGAAAUAUUUUAUGAAUCAAAUGGAAAUGCUUCUGUAAAGCCUCAUGAUGCAGAUUGUCCAUCAGUUGAUCAAGUGAGUUUAUAGACAGUUAGUUUGGUGACCCAAAACGGCAUGUUUUCAUUUAUGACUGAUUAUUUCAGAAUGUUUCCUCUUUUAUAGAAUAAAUUACUGUUAUGCAGCAAACAGUUGGAGAGGUUCUUAAGCACCCAAUAGCCUGGUUUUAGAAUAAAGAAAAUAUACUGAGUUGGAAAGGACCCAUCAAGUCCAACUCCUGGCCCUAUACAGGACUCCCUAGCAAUGUGCCAGACACCUUCUUGAACUCAGGCAAGCUUGGUGCUGUGACUGCUUUGUGGGGAGCCUGUUCCAGUGUUGAGCCACCCUCUGAGUGAAAAAACCUUUUCCUGGCACCUAACCUAAACUACCUGUGACACAGCUUCAUGUCAUUUUCUUAAGUCCUGUCCCUGGUCAAGAGAGAAGUCUGUCAGCUGGGCCACGUAUGUAGAUGAUUGCCAUUUGACAAAGCUUCCUCUGGCCACGUACUAACUGACUUGAUGUGGUGAAUGUUCAAAAUGGUAGCAGAACUGAAAAUUACUAUAUCUGACAAAAGACAAAAAAUAGGAAUCAGGAACCAUAAUCAGUUUUGAUAGUUGUAUGCUGUUUUCAGGUUGAUGGCAGUCAGUUACAUGUGUACUAUGCUCUACCUGGUUUGUAGCUGUAACUGUGAUGUACAGAAAAAAGAAAAAACCUACCCCAAACAAACAAAACGCCUGACCUCCCUCAAAAAACCACAGAACAAUCUCCCCUCCUCCAAGAACUCAUAAAAACAGAAGCAAAUACUGCAAUGAUAUAAGAUACACACUUUUGUAUUUUUAUUCUUCUAAGGUUAUUUGCUGGCUUUUGUUGGCCUCUAUUUCAGUCUGUGUUAUUUAAAUUCUAAUAUAUGAAUUAUUUGGAUUGAAUUCAUGUUCGGGGCCAUGGUGUUGUAUGUAUUGAUGUACAGCCUUGAAUGUGAAUAAUUAUUGUAAACUAUAUUUUACACCUUUUUUCUGGCUUUAUUAUAUAAAUUUUCUAUUGGUCGAUGAUUUAAUCAUAUCUCAUAAUUUAAUGUUUGUUCUCUUCUCGACAGAUCUCUGUGCUGUAGAUGUGUAGUUAGUGACUGGAUGACGGAUUUCACUUAUGCUUGGUAGUCUGUAAUAAAGGCAUGUAGGGUUUG